GUGACCAGGAGCUGUCCCAUGUGGAAGAGGCCAUUGAGGGCAUUGCAGGGGACAGAAUGAGUGACCAGGAGCUGUCCUCAGUGGAGGAAGCCAUCGUGGCUGUUUCAGGGGACAGCCCAACAGAUGAGGAGCUGUCCUCAGUGGAAGAGGACAUCGAGGGCAUUGCAGAGGACAACACAAGUGACGAGAAGCUGUCCCCAGUGGAAGAGGCCUUUGAGGUCGCUCCUGAGGACAGCACAAGUGACCUGGAGCUGUCCCCAGCAGAAGAGGCCAUCGUGGUCAUUUCAGGGUACAGCCCGACUGAUGAGGAGCUGUCCUCAGUGGAAGAGGACAUCGAGGUCGCUCCUGAGGACAGCACAAGUGACGUCAGGCUGUACCAAAUGGAAAAUGACAAGGAGCACUCCCGAGGGGACAGCAAGAGUGACAAGGAGCUGUCCCCAGGUGAAAAGGAGUGUGAAAAAGAGCUGUCCCAAUGGCUAGAACAUGAAGCUGGAGAGCUCUGCCAAUGGGAAGAACAAGAGGACAAAGAGCUCUGCCAUUGGGAAGAAGAGGAUGAAGCACUCUCCCAUAGCGAAGAAUGUCAGGAUGGAGAGCUGACAAGGAUGGCCCUGCUUGGUGGUAUGGACAGAGAUUCAAGCUCGUCACCUGAACUGCCAGAAAUGGAGGAGAUAUCAAGACAUCAGAAGGUUGUGGAAUGGCUGGAAGCCAAUUUUCCCAAUGAUUAUGGUGUUGAGGAGGAGGAAGAGAAUGAAGGUGACAGAUACCAAGGACUGUCCAAACUGAAAUGGUGCAAGGAGGAGACCCCAUGGCAAGACCUGUUGGACUCCCUGUCAUCUCUUGCUUUCAACGUUGGUGACAAUGUGCUUUCAAAAGGGAAGCACUGCAAAGUCCAAGAGAUGGAAGAUGACAUCCAGGAUAACAGCUGGAAUAACUCCAUGGGGCUGGUGGAUGAUGAGGACCCUCUGGAGGCACCCAGCUGCUCCAGGCAUGUGGGUGCAGGGGUGGCAGCAGAGGCAGCCCAUGCCCUGCCCAAGCUGGCAGCUGCUAAGGAGAAGCCCAGCGAGUCUCUUGGUCCAGAGGUGACAGAAGUGACAGAGGCACAGAGCCAGGUCUCUGAGAAACGUCCCUCCCGCUUCAGGCGGGCGCUGCGGGCGCUGCGGGGGCUGUUCCGGUGCCGCUCUGUGGCGCGGGGGCCGUUCCGGUGUCCCCACCUGGUGUCGGGGCUGUUCCGGUGUCCCUGCCUGGGUGCACAGCUGGAGGAGUAGCGCCCACGGCAGCGCCAGGCUGGGCCUGGAGACGGAGGCAGAGCAGCACUUGGGUGGGAGAAACGUCCUGGUUGUGGUUCCUGGAGAUCAGCGCAACCUGACCCAGCAAGUGCAGGACUCAGGCCAAGAAGUGGCCAUGGACCAUUGUGAGGAUCAAGAGCACCAAAGACCCCCAAAGCUGCUGACUCUUUUUCAGAAGGGUCUGAAAGGACAGACUGUGCAAGAGACCCAAUUUGCAUGGAGCUGGAUCAACGUGGGAACCAGGAGUGUCAUCCCCUCUCCUUGGAACCAUGCUGGAGCCAGGAGUGAUGUCCUAUCAGCUGGAACCACGCUGGAGCCAGGACUGAUGAUCUCUUCUCUUUCCUGGUCUUUCAGUGGCCAGGACUGAAAGUCUUGCCCUUUUUAACUCUUUUCCUUUCUCUCUGCCCUUUAACCCUUUCCCUUUAUCCCAAACUCAUUGCCCUGUGUUUUAUUGUAGCUUAGGGAGUAAUGUAGCAGUUGUGUAGUAGUAAGUCAUUAAUUUACUACUACUUUAAGUUAGUACUACUUUAACUUACUACUACUAUUAACUUACUAGUCAUUUGUUAACAUAAUUA